CGUCACAACCCUCCCUCACAAGAUGGCGGGAGGGCGGGUCGGAAGUGACAGCAACGGGAGUUUCCGUCCCGUUUGAAAGCGCCCGGCGGAGGCAUCGGUGCUCUUUUCCCGCCGCCCGGGCCGACAUGGCCACCUUCGCCAUGGAGCCGCCGCCCGCAGGAGCUGAGCCAAUGACUCUGGGCUCCCCGACAUCUCCAAAACCAGGAACUAGCGCUCAGUUUCUUCCUGGAUUCUUGAUGGGCGAUUUACCUGCGCCAGUGACUCCACAACCUCGUGCUUUAAGUGGCCCUUCGGUUGGUGUAAUGGAAAUGAGGUCUCCGCUUCUUGCAGGAGGAUCUCCCCCACAACCGGUAGUCCCUACGCAUAAAGAUAAAGGCGGUGCUCCACCAGUUAGAAGCAUAUAUGAUGAAUUAUCUAGUCCUGGACUUGGAUCAACGCCUCUAACUUCAAGAAGACCAGCCAGCUUUUCUCUAACACAGAGCCCAUUGGUUGGAACUAUGACAUCAACUCCUGGAACAGCUUCUGCUGUGUUCAGUCCUGCAAGUAUUGGGCAGCCUAGGAAGACCACUCUAUCCCCUGCUCAGCUAGAUCCUUUUUAUACUCAGGGUGAUUCCCUGACUUCAGAAGAUCAACUUGAUGACACAUGGGUAACUGUAUUUGGAUUUCCUCAAGCAUCAGCUUCAUAUAUUCUUCUACAGUUUGCUCAGUAUGGAAACAUAUUAAAGCAUGUGAUGUCCAACACAGGAAACUGGAUGCAUAUUCGAUACCAGUCUAAGCUUCAAGCCCGGAAAGCCUUAAGCAAAGACGGAAGAAUUUUUGGUGAAUCUAUCAUGAUUGGUGUCAAGCCAUGUAUAGAUAAAAGUGUGAUGGAAAACUUUGAAAGAAGCUCUACACCCUCAAUGUCUUCAGUUUUCACUCCACCUACAAAAUCUGUUGGCACACCGGUACAACCUGCAAAUAAUACUACAAGGAUUUCUACAAUGAGACCUCUUGCAACAGCGUAUAAAGCUUCCACUAGUGACUACCAGGUGGUUUCUGACAGACAAACUCCUAGGAAAGAUGAAAGUAUUGUAUCUAAAGCAAUGGAAUAUGUGUUCGGCUGGUAAUAUACGAGAGGAAGUAACACACUAAAUUGGGUUUCAGGGUUUGAAAUAUUCUACUGGCAUCUGUGGUUAGUUGUAUAACUACUGGUGGCAGCAUUUUAACUUACAUCUCACCUGUUAUGCCUUCAGUUAAUUCAGCAGACAUGUAGCUUGCACUUUAAAUGAUGGCAAUGUACGCACGGUUUUAUAAACUGAAUAAGUAUAAAUAGAAGUGCUUUUUUCCCAUUUGUGCUCUGAUUGCAUGAUUGUAGAAAAAAUAUCAGCACUGACUUUUCUUCCUCUGGAAUUCCUUUCUGUGAAUUACUUCCCAGUAAGUUGGAAAUGUUUAAAAUGGCAGCUUUAUUUACUGAUGCCUUUUUUUGUCUUCUGGAAAUAUGAUGGGCUACUUGCAGGAAGACCUCUAUGCACAGCUGGCUCCCAGGGACAGGGACUGUUCUUAGUAUAUGUGAUUUUUUUAAUCAGGAUUCAUUGCUGUUCUAUAGUUAUCUCCGGCAUCAUGUUCUAAAUGUCAUAGCACCCUUUUAACUCUUUAUUAAUAAAGCUAAAUAAAGUUAAGUUUUUCUUAGGUUGUUUUUUAAACAAGUAUGAGUUCUGUUAGGAAAAACUAUUUGCAGUACUCUUAACUGUUAAGCAUGAUGCUGCCUAACGUUUAUUAAAGUGCUAUCAGCAGAGCAGACACUGCCAACUUUUUCUGAAGUACUACCUACCAGUGUUAUAACUAGCUAAUGUUGUCUCCCUGGGUGUUUUAUAGCAGCGUGCACUUAACAGGUAACAAACUGUAGCAUUCUGAGCUGUAAAAUGAGGAGCUGAAAUAGCUGAAUAGAAAAUGCAGUCUCUGGUGUCAGUUACCAGGGCUGCUUUUGUUUCAAGAAUCUUCUAAGAAAUUUUCUGUAAGGUAUGGGCUGAAUGAUGUUUGUUUGUUGUUUUUUUUUUUUAAAUUGGGCUUUCCUCCCUUGAAGUUCUCUUUUGGAGGUGGGCCUCUCAGGUAAUCAUGUGUGUCAUGUAAACUUAUAAUCUUCAAGAUAAAGGUCUCUUUAAUCAGGGAAGAGAGGAAUUUUUUUUUCCAAUAAUUGGGAAACUACAAGCAACUAUUACUUUUUUUUGAUUUUGUGGCUGUGUUAUAUGGGUGAACAUCAGCAUUUUAGUUUGGGUCAAUAUUGUGUUGGUCAGGUGAGUAUCCAGUCAUGCCCAUUUCCAUGCUUUGCUUCACACUGCGGUGUGGUCUCAAAGUUCAGCUGCAGUUCUCUGAUGAAAUUAGAUUGAAAUAUUAGUCCAGGAGCAUGCCUAAUGUCCCUCAGAUGCUAAUGGGCAUCCAUUAAGCUAGAGAUAGUCCUGAGUAAAAUCCCCAAAGCAUUUAGUAAGAAGUCAGGUUUCUACCUUAGGGGACUUUAUGCUUCAUUGUAUGCUUUAAAAGUAACCUAUAUGCGGGCAGAUUCAGAGAUUUGAGAUGCAUUUUACUGUAUUUGCUAGCUGUUGCUUUUGGAAUAUUGUUUGCUACUCAUCCAUUUGCCUUUGAUCAACGGGAGAUGCUCAAACCUAAUAAAUAUCUGAACAUA